UCAUCUAGAUCUCUGACCAGGGCUUCGAUGGUUGCAUGAGGCAGAUUAACGUGAACGAGGCCAGCGUGGACCUUAGCAAGAACAGUUUGGAGUCUAUUGGCGUUGGAGACGGAUGCAAGUUCGCAUCCCUAGUAUCCUUGUCAGGCGGUGACAGCACCCUUCGCUACAUGAACAUCUCAACAGAGAGCCUGCAGUUGACCUUGAAGUUCAAGACGGAUCAGCCUGACGGACUGAUAUUUGUCUACAUAAGUAGAACACAGACGCCUACUAUGCAGGAUAGCUUGACACUGUCUCUGACCAAUGGAAAACUAGUGCUUAUGAGUCCCCGAGACACACUGGACACGUCGCAGACAUACAACGACUCGCAAUGGCACGUGGUGACUGUGAGUCACGGCGCCGCGCUCAGGAUGAGAGUCGACGAUUAUGAUCACUACAGCUCCGACUCAGCCCCAGAGCCACUCAACAUCCUAGACGGCGUUCUCCUCCUCGGCGGCACACACAACUACGUAGCUACAUACAAGGCCGCAACUAAGACGGCCUUCCGGGGUUGCAUAGCUGAUGCCACCAUCAACGGACGAGUCUUGAAUCUUCUCGAGCCUGCGAGUAAAAGAGGGGCUACAUUUGGACGGUGUGGGGACACUAUCAGUGGAUUUACGUCGUCAGAAACGACGUGGGAGGAACACAGAGUCGAACCAACUAACCACGUACUGCCAACUGUACCGCCUCCUGCACCCGACAAUCCGAUCCAGGGUGAAGUGGAGACCCAACCACCACCAGCCCGAGUGGAACCAGUCACCAGACCGCCUGUCACCCAGGCUCCAGCUCCGGUGACAUUGCGACCGACGACGCCGCGGCCGGCACCGCAACCACAACCAGGCUGCGCGUUGGCACACGACAGACACUAUACUAUCGGUGAUCCUACUGAGGGCUAUAGGUUUGGUACUCGUGAAGACAGCCGCAUCGAGUACGCCAAGCUGCCUGGCCGGCAGUCAGAUGAACUGGAUCUGAUGGUGACCUUGAGGACCUUCGACAAACAUGGCGGUAUCAUCUUCUAUGCCACCACUGAAAGAGCUCCGGACCAGUUCUUGGCUAUUUACAUGAAGGAUGCUCAGAUACACUUCACCUUCAACUGCGGUGGCGACACAGCCACCAUCGUCUCCCCCGACACCUACAGCGGUACAGACUGGCACACGGUGACCGUCAGCCGCACCAGGGGUCAUGGGAAACUGACCGUCGACAACCAGAUGGUUGGGGAAGCGAGUGUUAGUUGCAGCAAUCCGGUGCCGCUGGCCGCUCCAUACUAUUACGGAGGGCUGAAGAGCGCUGAGAUCGCGAAGACGCAUCUUGGAGACUUCUACCAACCGUUCAAGGGCUGCCUCAAGGGUCUCAUCAUGAACGGGCAGUACGUCACCGAGGUGCUGCGCAGAGUCAACGCCCUGCGCUGCACGGACAAUAUUGAAGAUGGUGUGUACUUCGGGCCUUCGACGAAUACCACUAGCAACUACUUGAAGCUCCAAGAAUCCAACUUCCGCGUCGGAAUCAGCCUCUCAGUCUCCAUGGAGAUCAAACCUCGGAACACCACCGGCCUGCUCCUGGCCGUCCACGGGAAGAAGGACUAUCUGGUCCUGGAGCUGCUGGAGAACGAGGUGGUGGUGAACGUGGAGAACGGGAAGGGCGAGUUCCAUGCGAGCUACAAGCUUGCUGAGCCCACCUCGCUGUGUGACGGCAACUGGCACAAGAUCCAAGUGGCCAAAGCCCGUCACGUGGUGUCCGUAGGCGUCGACAACCACUUCGGCGACGCCGGCCUCGGCACCGGCCCCUCCACCGACACCCGCUCGGCCCUCUACAUUGGAGGCCACGAGAAGGCCGUCGCGAGAGUCCGCGGAGUCCGAUCUAAGCGCGGCUUCACUGGGUGUAUAAGGAAUAUACAGAUUAGGGAGCAACCGAUAUCGAUACCGUUAUCGGCUGCUCAUAGGGACACGCAUAUCGGAGCUUGUCCUGUUGACUAAAUACCUUAAUACGAUCGUAGUAAGAAUUGUUUCAAUUCUUCUGUAAUGCAAUAUUUUCUAUAUCUCUUAGGCAUUAUACUAUUUUACGACAGAAAUAACCCAAUUUAAUAAAGAAACCCAAAGCCUGACCAGUAAUAUAUGAUCACGCGCCAUAUUGCGGAAUUACAUUGGAACUACAUUUUCCAUACAAAACUGAACUGUCCUACACAUAGUGUUACACUAGACCCUGCUCAUAGUGUUGUGUUCCUGCCGGUGAGUAAGGUUGCCAGAGCUCAACGAGGGGCGGGAGGGGGUUAGGGUCGGCAACGCGCAUGUAACUCCUCUGGAGUUGCAGACGUACAUAGGCUACGGAUACUGCUUACUAUCAGGCGGGCCGUAUGCUUGUUUGCCACCGACGUAGUAUAAACAAAAAAAAAACAUGAGAAUAACAGCGCCCUCUUGACAAUGAUCAUAUAUUUCUGGUCGGGCUUUACAUAACUAUAAUAUUAAGAAAUAUGUACAGUCAGCGUCAAAUACUUCGUAGCAGUCAAAGUGGCCAAAUAGUUCGGUACACCAUACUAAAUAUAUGGUGUACCGAACUAUUUGGCUACUUUGGAUGCUACAAAGUAUUUGACGCUGACUGUACAAUUCUGAUAAUAUGACAUUUGCAAAUACGCCCUUUUCAUUUUGAGAUACCUAAAAUGGAUAAUAUUGCAUAAAUUCGUAGAUUCAACUUUUAUUGUAUGAUAUAUUUUUCAACUCCUAAAGUUAAUUCAAAACACUGUAAACCAUUAUUUUUUGAAAUCCAAUCGUCAAUAAUAUGAAUCAAAGGAUAUGUAUCAGAAAAUGUUUAUUAUAUUAUAAAUAUAUAUUAUAUUAUAUACGGGGUGAUUCAUGAGACGUGAGCAGGACUAAGCCUACACAAUCAGUAAAUGUUAAUGAACCGUUCAUCAUCAUAUUUAAGUAAAACAAUCUCGCUUUUAGAACAAAUUUAAUAAUCUACAAUCAUGGACACCCUACAACACUUUAUUAAGAAAAAUAAAACCUCUUAACCGUUAUGACAGCAGUUUGAUUAUGAAGAAAACAAAAUGUCACACUUGAGGGAGAUACGAUUUUUCAGAAGUAACCAGACUCCGAUGACAUUCAAUUUGUCACUUGUUAUGGAUAAAACAAAUAGAGUGACCAUACAUGGCGUAAAUAAAUUAUAACAUUUUUUUUUGAACAGUAAAAAAUAAAAGAACGUUAAUCUCACAAAUACUGGUACGAAACAGUUGCUUAUAACUUACUGAGUGCUAAAGCUUGAUCCUGCUCACGUCUCCUGAAUCACCCUGUAUUUUAACUUAACAAUGUAUGUGCCAUAUCAUAUUUAUUACAUUCAUAACCACCACGUGACAUUUUGAAACGCAUAAAGUAAUUAAAAAACUUUAUUAAAAAAAUAGAAAAAUUAAACAGUUCGUGUCAUCCACCAUGACGCGCAGAUUUGUCAAAUCUAACCUUUAAUAACAUGAGAAUACGACUCAAGGCACGCGUCUUCGUGAAUGACACGAUCAACUCCAAUUAUACAUAAUAUUAGUUAAUUGUUUAUUGUAAACUUGACUUUUACUUUCCAUGAAUUACUUCGCUGCUUCAACCUUUUAAGUUUCUGGAUUUAAAAAAAAGAGCCAAUAUCUUUGUUAUCUACUUCUUGCCUCUUUAUGACUAUAUGUAUAAAAAUAACUGUAUGUAUUAGUGAAAUAUAUCUGCCUCCAUCGCCAAAUCAAUAGAAUUAAAUAGAAUCAAAACCAAGAA